AUGCAAGCCAUCCGUCUCCAUCCCGCACCCCCCAACUCCACCCCCUACUCCCCCUCCAACCCAGCCCCAUCCACCGCCCUCCAGCUCGACAAUGACAUCCCCAUCCCCACCCCCUCCGCGCCGGGCGACCUCCUCAUCCGCGUGAAAGCCAGCACCGUCAUCCGCGACAUGCUCACCUGGCCCGAGACCUACGCGCACGCCUACGCCAUCCCCGGCAACGACGUCGCCGGCACCGUGACAGCCGUCUUCUCGCCAACCAGCCAGUUCCGCCCCGGCGAUGAGGUCUUCGGCAUGGCGCACACCGACCGCGCCGCCACGUGGGCCGAAUACACCCUCGUCAAAGAGGACGAGGUCGCCCGCAAACCGGCCGGCUUGACCUUCGCACAGGCCGCGGCGUUGCCGCUCAGCGCGCAGACCGCUUACGAGGCGCUGUUUGAGCAUGCGCGCGUUCCCCGUCCGGCGGUGGAGGAGGUGCUCGCUCGGUCUGUGGCGAGAAUUGAUACGUAUGUGUUGAUUACGGGGGCUGCCGGGGCCGUGGGUGUGUAUCUUGUGCAGCUUGCCGCUGCGGCCGGGGUGCGGGUCGUUGCGGCGAGUAGCUCGAAUGAGCGGAAUGGGGAGUUUCUGAGGGAGUUGGGCGCUGAUGAGGUCGUGGAGUAUGGGAUGUUAGAGGGGUAUCGGGGGCAGUUUGAUGUUGUUGUUGAUGUGGUUGGCGGGGAGGUGUUGGAGAAGUGCUGGGAGUAUGUGGCCGAGACGGGAGUGCUGGUUUCGGUGGAUUCGGCGAGCUUUAAUUUUGUGGAGAAGCAUGAGAAGCGUGGGCUACGGAGGGCCGGGGUGCGUGCUCUGUUUUUUAUUGUCAAGGGCAGUCCGGAUGCGUUGGGUUAUAUUGCGGCGCUGGCGGAGGCCGGGGUCGUCCGGCCUUUCGUGGCGGAUGUAUACCCCCUUGCAAAGGCAGGGGAGGCAAUUUACUGGGGUGGAUCCUGCGAAGCCUCUCUUAUUUCCGCCAAUGUAAGUAGGCCUGAUACAAUCACAAAUGUCUCUUGUUACGUGAAGGUAAUCAGAAGGAAUUGGACAGCUUCUCGUCAUAAGAUGCCCAAAGCUUCUGAUCCUAAAUUGGCCCUCACUGACACUCCUGGGGUUAUUUCCAACAACAGCCUAAGUACAAAAUUUCCAGAAGGGACAAAGCAUUCCGGUAUGACUUCCAGUGGAUAUUCUCCAAACACAUUGAAAUGCAACAACUUCUCCUCUACUGGCACAGCGGAUAUCCCCCCAAGAAUGAACAUCCAUUACCGUAUAACUGCUAAAUAUACGCUUUGCAGCGGCAAAACGAGGCUCUCAUUGAUGCUUAAUGUCCUCGACUUCCGUAUUGGAACUCCUAUAUGCUCCUGGGAUGUAUACAUUAAUGCUCUUAGAAGACAGCAUGACAGCGUCUGGAUCUCGAUUAAUUGUGUCUUCUCCUACGACAUGGCGGCUAGUGCGGGGAUUACUCUGGAUCUGCUACAUGAGUUGAAUACGGCCCUUAAUGGUGACUGUUCCGGUCUCUAG